AUGCAGUCACUCCACAAAGUCCCUCUGAGACACAGGACGGCCUUCUCUGUGGAAGACAUCCUGGACCCCGGCAAGUUCACUGGCAACACCACACCCCCCCCCAUAGCAUCUGUACAGAGAGAGGAAACCGGGGAGGAACAACAUCCGCCAGCAGCGGGUUGCCGGGCCAAGCACCAGAGGUCAAAGGUGAGCGGUCGGCGCGUGCGCACGGCGUACACGCUGGAGCAGCUGCACGCGCUGGAGCUCAGCUUCCGGCGCUGUCACUACCUGUCCGUGCUGGAGCGCCACGCCGUGGCCAGCGCCCUGCAGCUCUCCGAGACCCAGGUCAAGAUCUGGUUCCAGAACCGCCGCACCAAGUGGAGGAAGGAGCGCCUGCAAGGAGGGGAGGAAGAGAACGCCACGUGGGCCUGGCAGGCCCCCACCUGCUCCUCGCACGCCUUCGCCCCCUUCUGUUGCACCCAGCUGCGCCUCUUUGCACCGCCGCCGCUCGCCCAAAACCCUUUUUAUUGCUGA